AUGUGUGGUAUCUUUGCUGUAUUCAAUUAUCAAGGUGAUGCACAGGCCUUUCGUAGACGAGCUUUAUUACUUUCAAAAAAAUUGAGACAUAGAGGUCCUGAUUGGAAUGGAUGUAUAAUCACUGGCAAUCAUAUUCUUUGUCAUGAACGUUUAGCUAUUGUUGGUGUUGGGAGUGGUGCUCAACCAUUAACAAAUGAAGAUGAAUCAAUAAUUCUUUCGGUUAAUGGAGAAAUUUAUAAUCAUAAAAACUUAGAAAAAUCACUUAGAGGAGAUGUUAAAUUCAAGACACAAUCAGAUUGUGAAGUUAUUCUUCAUUUGUAUGCUGAAAUAGGAAAAGAGGUUGCUAACAAAUUGGACGGAAUUUUUUCUUUUGUACUUUUGGAUGUCAAUAAGAACCGAUUCAUUGCUGCACGCGAUCCAAUCGGUGUCACUACUUUGUAUCAAGGGUGGUCAUCUUCUUCACCUGAAACUGUUUACUUUGCUUCUGAAUUAAAAGCGUUGAAUGAAGAUUGCGAUCAAAUUAUUCCAUUUCCACCUGGUCAUAUAUACGAUUCAGAAACUGGUGAAACUACGAGAUAUUAUACUCCUAGUUGGUGGGAUGGAAAUCUUAUACCAAGAAAACCGAUCGAUUAUACUUUACUAAGAACAACUUUGGAAAAUUCUGUAAAAAAAAGAUUGAUGAGUGAUGUACCAUAUGGUGUAUUACUGAGUGGUGGCUUGGAUUCUAGUUUAAUUGCUUCGAUUGCAUCAAGAGAAGCACUUAAAUUAUCUGCUGUAGCUAAUGGAAAUGAUGGCGACUUGGGUGAAGCAACCAAAUUUCAAAAAUUAUAUUCAUUUUCAAUUGGGCUUCCUGAGUCACCUGAUUUAAUAGCUGCACGUAAAGUUGCAGAGUUUCUUGAUACAGAUCAUCAAGAAUACACUUUUACAAUUCAAGAAGGAUUAGACGCGGUACAUGAUAUAAUUUAUCAUUUGGAAACUUAUGAUGUAACAACUAUCAGAGCAAGUACACCAAUGUACUUACUAUCAAGAAAAAUUAAAGCAAUGGGUGUUAAAAUGGUAUUAAGUGGUGAAGGAAGUGAUGAAAUACUUGGAGAGACAGUUACACGAGUGAAAAAUCUUCAUACAGCUGAUUGUCUUCGUGCCAAUAAAUCCACAAUGGCAUGGGGACUUGAAGCUCGUGUACCAUUUUUAGAUAAGGAUUUUCUUGAUGUGGCAAUGACAAUUGAUCCAGAAGAAAAAUUAUUUAAAGAAAAUAGAAUGGAAAAGGCUUUUGAUGUAUCAACAACUGGUGACCCACGACCAUACCUCCCAGAUUCAAUUCUUUGGCGACAAAAAGAACAAUUUUCUGAUGGUGUAGGUUAUAGUUGGAUUGAUUCACUGAAAGAAGCUGGUGAAAAUCAUGUUAGUGAUGAAGAAUUUGCCAAAGCCGCAGAAAGAUGGCCUAUAGACACACCAACAACAAAAGAAGCAUAUUGGUACAGAGAACAAUUUGAAACAUGGUUUCCUGGUGAUGUGUGUGCUCAAAGUGUUGACAGAUGGAUUCCAAGAUCUGAUUGGGGCUGUCCCGAAGAUCCAUCUGGUAGAGCACAAGCGGUUCAUAACGCAGCUUAUAACAAUUCAUCAUAA